AUGGCAGACAGUUCACCUGCAAUAUUCACAGUAACGGAGCAUGUGAUUGACGCGGGAUACAUCCGUGAAUAUCCCAAUGCGACGGUUUCCCAAGAUUCUCCUCUAAAGCUUGUGGUGAAAAGAUAUACGCCUAUUGAUAAUUCAGAUCCUCAGCCCGGGGAUGUGACCAUCAUCGGGGCACAUGGAUGCGGGCUUCCAAAGGAGCUUUACGAGCCGUUAUGGGAAGAGAUUCUAGGGCAAAGUAAACAGCAAGGAUUUCGGAUUGGAUCGAUAUGGAUUGCAGAUAUGGUGAAUCUCGGUGCUAGCGGUGUUGUAAAUGAGGAACUUCUUGGUGACGAUCCGUCCUGGUUCGAUCAUCCUCGUGAUCUUCUAUAUAUGAUCAAUCAGUUUCGCCAUGAGAUGCCAAGGCCUAUCAUUGGUGUAGGGCAUAGUAUGGGUGCGACUCAACUCGCCCUCUUAUCACUUAUACAUCCCCGCCUGUUCACAUCGCUGGUCCUAAUCGAACCAGCCUUAACCAGAAAAAUCUCGAACAUCCAACAUUUUGCGCUACUCUCAAUCAAGCGACGGGAUACCUGGGCAUCCAAAUCCGAAGCCAUCAAAUCAGCGACCAGGUCCUUUGCACAAUGGGAUUCUCGUGUCCUGAAGCGGUGGAACGAGCAUGGAUACCGCAGUUCACAGACGACUAUCUACCCACAGACAGGCGGGGAAACCAAACACACUGACGGACCAGUCACUUCGACCAGCUCAAAAUAUCAAGAAGCCAUGCUCUAUAUUCGACCAAACUUCAUGGGCCACACUACCUCGGCACUAGCAGACCCUACCAAAGCGCCUAUGCAUGACCCACUGGUUUACCCCGACAUCAUCGACCCUCCUCACCCAUCCAACCCAUUUUAUCGAAGCGAGUCGCAUAUUGCGUUAAGUAUGCUCAAUCAUAUCCGACCGCCAGUCUUCUAUCUGUUUAGCGAGAAGAAUUCGGUAUCAACAUCAGAGGAACGAGGCCAAAUACUUGGGAGGACAGGUGCUGGAAUUGGGGGAAGCGGUGGAGUGAAACACUCCCAAGUUAAGACGACAAUUGUAUUAGACUGUGGUCAUAUGGUGCCGUUAGAAAAGGUGACUGAAACUGCUUCUCUUAUUGGGACAUGGAUUGGCCAGUCUGUGCAGGGGUGGAACAAUGACGAGCUGCGAGUGCAGCGGAAAUGGACUGAUCAGUCAACAAGGGAGGUGCUGACUGCGCCCGCCAAAUGGAGACCUAAACUGGAAAAGGGUAUCAAGUCUGAAGCGCAGAAAAAGAGACCGAAGAUCUAA